AUGGCAAAAUUGUAUGUGAGCACGAUUAAAUUUGAUGAUUCUCCACUAGUUGUGAUUACCAAUAAUAAGAGUGCACCAAUAACUGGAUUUUCAAUUGAUAUGAUGAAUAAAAUAGGUUCUAUUCUAAGUUUAAAAAUCGUAUAUUCUCUUAAAUCAUUUGAACAACUCUUCUCAUUUGUCAAAAAGAAUAAAUUUCAUUUAUCCCUUAGCUCAAUCACUGAUACAAAGCAGCGUCAGCAACAAAAUGGAAGUUUCAUUGAUUAUUUUAAAUUUGGUUCACAAUUAUUUGCUCGACGCAAUGAUACAACAAAUGUGAAACGUUUGGCAGAUUUAUGCGGUUACUCGGUAACCUCAUUACGCGGUUCAACACAACAAACAGAUGUUGAGACAGUAUCCUGUCCGUCGAACAAAAAAGUGAAAAGUGUACCAGUGGAAACAAAUCAUGAAACAUUUGAGGCCGUUAAAUCAGGACAAGCUCAAUUCGGUAUACAAGAUGAACCGCUUAUUACCUACAAUCUUAAACAUCAGUAUAAAGGUUAUUUGAAAGAGAUAGGGCUGCCCUAUAAUAUUUUACCCUAUGGAAUAUUGUGUCAGAAAAAUAGUCCAUUAUGUUGUACGAUAGUGCAAGCCGUUAACUAUCUUAUUUAUGAUGGAACCUACAGUUAUCUAUUGAAUAAGUGGAAAGUCAGACGAAAUAAUAUUGGUAUUUCUUUAUUAAACAGACAAUAUUCAUGCGCAUGCACAUAUCCAUCCGCAUAUAACUUGAGAACGUAG